CUCAGUUACCGUUAUUUUCUCCAAGGCUUCAUUUUAUUUCAAGGAUCGAACGAGCUCAUGAAUAUUACAUGCCUGCGGGUUUUAACAGGCUACUGACGGAUAUAAAACGGGCUCCUGCGAGCGCUUCACCAGGCCGUGACGAUGGUCUUGGAGACUCCGCCCUCUCGCGCAGAGACCUGAUUGUUCCUGCGCUUUUCGAACAUAACGCGUCUCGCGCGCUCUGUAGUGUAGGCAGGAGCCUGGCUUUUUGUUUUUGGAAUUUCGGAUCCGGGCUUUCAUUAAGGUUGUAGAACAUUUUUUAUCAUGAAGCUUCUGUUUCUCUUUGUCGUGACUUUGUCCCUUUUGGCAGAAAGCAAGUCUUCACCACUGGAACAAGAUGGCAGGAAGAAAGACCCGCUCAUUCAGUGUUUGGUUGCAGUCCUUACUAAGGUAGUAUCCAUACCAGGUGGCACAUCUCUGCAACCAGAAUGUAAAGACAUUCUUCAAAAGCAAGAUUCCAGGCAUGCUCUGCUUAUGAAAAUGAAUGAAGAAACUAUUCAGCCAGAACAAGAUGACAAAAGUCAAGAAAGGGAAUCAAAUGCCAGGGCAGAAGAAAUCAUGAAUGAACUUCUCAAGACAAAUGCAGAAAAGCGUGAAGACACAGAUGAAGAGCGGAGCCAGGAAGAAUUUCCAAAUUAUUAUAAAAGACACUAUAUUUUAACAAGCAAAGAAAAACGUGAAGACCCAGAUUAUGAUAGAAGCCAAGAAGAAUUCCCUCAAAAAAGAUACAGUUUAUUUUCCACAAAAGAGAAACGUGAGUAUCAGGACAAUGAGCGAAGCCAAGAAGAAUUUCCAACUUAUGAGCACAAAAGGCACCUUGUAAUGACCAGCAAGGAAAGGCGUGAUGAUCCUGACUAUGAUCGAAGCCAAGAAGACUUCCCAAGCUAUAUUUACAAAAGGUACCAUGAUGAAGACAAGGGGACAGAAAAGCAACUAUGGAGACCUCACAAAUACUAUUACAAACGGUAUGAUGCUACAUCAAAUGAUGAUUUUGUACAACUUAACUCUCAAGAGAAGAGGUUUGUAGAAGAAGAGAAUGCCAAACAAUACUGGGAUCCAAUCCAACAAUUCUACCACAAGAAACACCACAAACAUGAUGGUGAUUCCUCUAAUGAAGAAAUGGAGAGUGAGGAGAACGAUAAAAGGGUCUCAUGGACCAGAGGGUUAGAGGAGGGGUCAGAAGAAAGUGAAGAGAGGGAGAAAAGAAUCUGGAAGCCAAGCUAUAAAGACCAAAACAUCAAGUUUUUUCACAAACAGGGUAAAUUUGAGAAUGAAAAUGAUGCAAACCUCCACCACUCACAGGAGACUUCCAAGCGCCUUUCACCUGAGGAAGAAGAGCUAAAUGAAAACAAGCACCCUUAUGACACCCAAGAGGAGCAGAAAAGGCACCACAUUGAUGCUGAAGAAAAGCAGCAGGAGAAAGAGGCAGAGAUGAGAUACUUGACCAAGAAACAAAAUGAACGUCUACUGAAAGAUGGUGAGGUUUAUGACAAGCGCAAUCCCUGGAUUUACAGAGGAUACUAUCAUCCAGCCUGGUAUAAGCGGAGUGCUGAGGGAAACAAAGGUCUUGUCGGUCCCUCAAAGAAACUGGAGGAGCUUGCCAAUGCAUUGCGAUACAAGAUGGGUCUACUGUCUGAAAAGGAGUCAAAAGAAGGGAAAAAGUCUUACCUCCACCAGAGGGCUCUUACUUCAGAAGAGCUGAAAGAACUGGAGAAACUUGCCUCUGUGGAGCAACGUGCACAAAUUAACUAGUCUUGGUUGAAACGAGAAGUAAACCAAGCAUA